UCGUUUUUUAAUCUGACAACCGUAGAAGAAGAAGCGAAGGCGCAGCGGGGGAAAUCAUGUCUGCUCCGAAAACCAUCCCUAAAGAUGCUCAGGUGAUGAUCCAGAUCCUGAAGGACAUGGGGAUCACAGAGUACGAGCCCAGAGUCAUCAACCAGAUGUUGGAGUUCACCUACAGAUAUGUGACGACCAUCAUCGAGGAUGCCAAAAUCUACGCCACACAUGCCAAGAAGUCCAAUGUGGAUGCAGACGACAUCAAACUAGCCAUUCAGUGCCGGAUGGACCAAUCGUUCACAUCGCCUCCUCCACGAGACUUUCUGUUGGAGGUCGCGAGGCAGAAAAAUCAGACUCCUCUCCCACUGAUCAAACCGUACACUGGACCUCGACUUCCUCCAGACCGCUACUGUCUGACUGCCCCGAACUACAGACUCAAAACUGUGCAGAAGAAGGUGAUGUCCUCUGCUGGAAGGAUAACUGUGCCUCGUCUCAGCGUCGGCGCUGUCUCCAGCAGGCCAAGUACGCCAACCCUCGGGACUCCAUCUGUUCAGUCCGUCACCACUAAAGUCGGAACUCCAGUGUCUCUGACGGGUCAGAGGUUCACGGUUCAGAUCCCACCACCCUCCCAGACGGCCACCGCAAAAAUCACGACGCCGUCGACGCCAGCCGUCUCCAACGUCCUCAUCAACCCGUCUCUGAUCGGCUCCAAGAACAUCCUCAUCACCACCAACAUGGUGUCACAGAACUCUGGAGGAGAGUCGCUGAAGAGGAAGCACGAAGACGACGACGACUACGACGCUUUAUGACGACAUGACUCCACACAGCUUUCAUUUUUGAUAAUCCAAAAACAGAUCGAUCCCUGCUUCUGUUUUCAGCACAAACUGAUCCUGGUCAUGUUUGUUUAGUCUUCUAGAACAUUUUACAAGAGAGAAGAACCAAGGUGUUAUCCUUUUCCCACUGGGAGCAGACCAGUACAACCAGUCUGCUGCAAGUCUCAGAGCGACCCACACUGCUCUGAUGUUUCACUGAUUUCAAAUAAACUACAUCAAAAUAAAA